AUGAGUACCAGAGGAACUGACACGAGAAAAGAGCAGGUCUUCCCGAUAAUUUUAUGUAGAAUUCGUAUAUGGAACCCGUAUGAAGAAGGGCUCAAGUACUGGCUGUAUGGGAUCUACUCGACGUACUUCGUUAGUGCAGUGAUGAUAACGAGAGUUCUGGGCCUAGCAGUCCGAGCAAUCACGGGUAAAAGUGCAUCUCAAUUACUCCAGGACUUCUCAUUCCGGGCUGUUGAGGCAGCUGACAGUCUUAAAGGAAUUGCUUUCCUGAUUCAUCGAAUUGAAGUGCUGGAGUUAUCCAAGACGUUCAACUGGGAGAGACAGUUGUUAACUAUGAGACAGAUAACACAAUACCGGAACGAAGUGCUCACAAAUUCCUUGAGUGCGUCCAAAAAAUUCACCAUCAUCAUCAUCAUUGCUCUGAUACAAUACUUCACAUUGGACUUCUAUAUGACGCUGUGUCAGUCAGAUUAUAAAGUGGACAAUUUGGCCAUCAGAUCCACACCUUUGAGAUAUUUUUUCAUAUUGAGUAAUUUCUAGGUGGCUUUCAUAUGCGAUUAUGUGACAUUCACUUCCCUCGGAUUGGUUGCCGUUUGUCAUGACUCGAUCAUUAUGUCAGUGGUGAUUAAUAUAACAGCCCAAUUGAGACUACUCAAUUUUCGAUUGGAAAACUGUCACAUGACUACAUUUACUAUCACCAAUGAUAAACAUCUAGCCCUUCAUUUUACUUGUUACAUUCUUGUAACAAGUAAAAUAUAUUGUCUUUCCAUGAAUUUCCUUUUCAGGAUGGUGAACAUCUUCAAAAACAUGUACAACAAAGUUCUUCUGCCCCAGCUACUCAAUAGUUUAUUAUUAAUCACUAUAUCUGGGUUACAAAUGAUUUUGGGUCAGCAAGGAAAUCUCACCAAUUCCCUCAUAGCAUGUGGAUUUUUGAUUCUGGUAACAUUUCAAUUACUAGCCUUCUGCUGCGUUGGUAAUUAUAUCUUAGUCGAGAGUGUCAAGACGAGUUAUUCACUCUAUGCAGUACACUGGUACAACAAGGACCGAAUAUUUCGGAAUAAUCUCAAGAUAUUCCUUGGAGCUGUCAGGAAUCUCUUGAUAGUCAGUGCAGGUGGUGUCGUAAAUUUGACAGCUGAAACCUUCAAAAAGAUUCUCACAAAAGCAUACUCGGGAGUGGCAGUGUUGAAGAAUGUCAGUGAUUGA